UCCCCCGCGCUGCCGUGAAUAACAAACGUGCGGUGCGUGUGCUUUUCUGUCCGCGUGCGGGUCUUCUUUAUUUUCUUUCCUUUAAAUGUAUACUUUCCUUUGAGAGAUCUGUACUCCGAGAUGAAUGAUGCGGGAUAAUGAAAAAAAAACGAGUAACAUUUAGAAAAGGGGAAAAAUAAGGAUAAAGUGCAGGGGAGUUAUGUUGCGCGUGUGGAAUCCGUGAGUGCGUUCAGCCGGUGGACGUCGUUCGUUGAGAGAGUGAGAGAAAGAGAAAACGAGUGAAUAAAGAAAAGUAGGGGGAGAAGAGGAGAGACGUAGCCAGGGGUGGCGUAUAAAAUAAAAUUGACGGCCCCCGCGCGUGUUCUCGACGGUCGCGAACAACGAGGGAGUAAAAGGGACUCUUUUUCGUUUUUUGUGUGCGUCACGCGCGCGUGGUGAUGCUUUUACAAAGCGAAACCAAGUAAAGCGUGCAACUUGACAUAUAAAGCAAUAAACAAAAAACAACGCAACGCGAUUUGACGACAAUUAGGCUAAAGAAAAAACGGUGAAAAAGAAAGAGUGCAAGAAACAGUGCUCGGUGGGGUACGUGCUUUGCGACACGUCCUUACGCGUGUGGCAGUUUUGAAGACACCGACUUUUCUCUACUGCAAGCAUUCUCCGUUCUAAAAAUCUCCUCUCCUCCUUUCAUUCCGUUUUGCCACGCUCCUAUCUUCGUGAUAACAAAAACAGAGAGCCGCUCUCACUAUACACCAGCCAGGAUGUCGUAUUCCCGAGACAACCGGAAUCGAGUGCCCCGUUUUCGCCGGCUAGCAUAGCUCCGGGACUGCUAGUCUCGUUCUUCCGAAUCGCCUGGACCACAGCAUGAAGGAGAUGCUUGGAGGGUGCUGCGUGUGUUCUGACGAGAGGGGUUGGACCGAAAAUCCGUUGGUCUAUUGUGAUGGACAGGGUUGCACCGUUGCUGUGCAUCAAGCUUGUUAUGGAAUUGUUACUGUGCCUACCGGGCCUUGGUAUUGCAGAAAAUGUGAAUCUCAAGAAAGAAGCGCACGCGUGCGCUGCGAGUUGUGUCCCAGUCGUGAUGGAGCACUCAAGAGAACGGAUCAAGCAGGAUGGGCUCAUGUUGUUUGUGCUCUCUACAUACCUGAAGUGCGUUUUGGUAACGUCACAACGAUGGAGCCAAUUAUAUUACAGCUCAUUCCAGCUGAAAGAUUCAGCAAAACAUGUUACAUUUGCGAGGAACAAGGUAGAGGAAGUCGAGCCAAUGUUGGAGCCUGUAUGCAGUGCAACAAAUCAGGCUGCAGACAACAAUUUCAUGUUACAUGUGCGCAAGCACUUGGAUUGUUGUGCGAAGAAGCUGGCAAUUAUCUGGACAAUGUAAAAUAUUGUGGAUACUGUCAGCAUCAUUACUCCAAAUUGAAAAAAGGUGGAAACGUGAAGACGAUACCUCCGUAUAAACCGAUACCAGCAGACAACGGUUCGUCGGAUUCUUCCCCUGAAAAGGAAGCCGAGGGGCCGCAAAAAACAACGUCAACGACGACGGCGAGUACGACAACGACGACAACGACGACGACGUCGUCAGGACCGUCAACAACUACGAAGCGAAAGAGUUCGAGCUCAAAGUCAGCAACUUCGAGUUCGAAGAGUAAGGCAAACGCGAGUCCCAGUUUAGAGAUAAAUGGAAUCGUGGAUGAGAAAAAUGCAAGUGGUCGAAACACACCGAAAGAUUCCCAGUCGGCUGGCGGUGGUUCGAGUAAAUUUACGAGUUCAAAUUUCGUUGAAACGAUAGUUACUCAGUCCGAGAGUGUUUUUGGUAACGAACCAGCUGGCGGAAUUGUUGCACCGUCGGCUUCAAAUUUACCACCAACUGCCGGGAAAUCCACUUCCUCAUCGUCAUCCUCUUCCAAUACGAACUUGAGCCACAAAAUCAGUAAUCAAACGAAAUCCAGUAACUCGGGUUCUUCCAACAAAUCCUCAAGUCAUACUGGAAAGAAACGAAAAACUGGGGCGCGCACACCGACUGUAAUCGCUAACGAUAAUUCCAACCAUUCGGUCAGUUCCGAAGCUAGCUCUUCAGUCGUUAUUGCCGUUAGUUCUGUUGUUCAGCAACAACAAACCAUCAAUGCUAAUAGCGUUCAACCGACUGUCACAGAAGCUACGAGUCUCAGUACAAUGUCUGAACCGGAAAAAAAUAAAAAGCUUAAAGUUGAGAGUCCUCCAGUACCUGUUCAAAGUAGCACAUCGAGUGUUCCGAUAACAACCGAGGCGACUACGAUACCCGUAAUAAUGUCAAUAUCUCAAUCACAAAAUGCUGUCGCUCAUCAGUCAUCGCCAACAACGACAACGUCAAACAGCAUCGUCGUUUCGGUACCGCUUACCGCAGCUUCGUUGCCAUCCUCAAUCCAAAGUGUCGUCACCAGUGCUCCGACACUCUAUCAACAACUUCAACAAAGUAUGAUUACGACCGCGGCUACGAGUCAACCGAGAACAAGCACGAUAACCAAUCAUGAGAGAUUUCCUGCUGAGGAUACGCCGGCCAAGAGAUCGCGUUCUCAAUCUACGGAGAAACAAGAAAGAACCCGUAAGCCAAAGCGAGGCUCAACCUCAAACAGUCAGCCAGCUGCGGCGGCGGCGGCGAUUCCUUUGCCAGUAUCAAGCGUUGCUACACCAGUGUCGAAUAGCACCAUUGUGACGACCUCCAAACGCCCUAGUAGGACAAGCCGUCAAACACCGUCGCCAUCUGUCACAGUGGCACCAAUUGUCCCAUCCAUUAUUCAAGGUCCCACACUGGGAACCGGCCACUUCAGCAGUGUGGGCUCCGGCUCUAGCGGCACCAUGGGCCCAGUUGUUAAAGAUUCCCCUCCCAGUAGUCCUGGCUCGGAAAGUAUGAGCAGCACUGGUCCUGGACGAAGGAAGCGUAAAAGCGCCGGAGCAACUGCUCCUGUUACACCAACUCCAUCUGCUUCUAGUACACCCACUGCCAUAGUCAAUAACACUAAGGAAGAAAAAGAUGUCAAAUUAUUCCAAAAUGGUGUUAGCGCACCCCACAUGCUCGGAAAUCAACUCAAUCCAACAUCAACUAUGGCACAAAAAAUGUCGGACACAUUAUCCCAAGAGUUGGAGGCUCAUUCGAUUUUCACAGAAGCAAGUAAUUCAACGACGAAUUUAGUUGGACCUCAACUGCAUAGUCGUGUGAUUGCUUCCAUACGAUCAAAUCAAACGACAGCACCGACAGCAUCGUUUUCCUCGGUAUUUUCAACCAAUAGUAAUACUUCAAAUGCAACAUCUGGUGCUCUUGGUGGUGGUGCUAUUCCACAAACUUUGGAUCAACUACUCGAGCGACAGUGGGAACAAGGCAGUCAAUUCCUGAUGGAGCAAGCUCAACACUUUGACAGUGAGUUUGCCUCACUUUUGUCAUGUUUACACCAAUUGAGAGCAGAGAAUUUGAGACUAGAAGAACACGUCAACAGUCUUUUGCAAAGGCGAGAUCACUUGUUGGCUGUUAACGCCAGGCUCGCUAUUCCUCUUACGACGCAGCCGAGCACUCAUCAAGGUACACUUGAUUUUGUCAACAAUAUUCACCCUUCGGUUAAUCCGUCGCAUCCGAAUUUACAACAUGCUGAGGGUCCACCAAGUGGUGGUCCGGCGACAAUAUCACGAGUAAAUCGUGAGCCCCGCAUAAACAAUACUUACAUACCACACUCAAGUUCCGGAGGUCAUUCGACGCCAUUGGAGAACGGACUUCCACCGGAUCCAUCGCCACCUGCAGCUGCCUCAUUAUCACAGUAUCAACAACACCGGGGAUCGUUGAUAGCGCCUCAACAGAGUCCUACGAUAAGGCACAGUCCAGCUGCGAGUGGCUAUCAUCAGAACCAACCAAGUAACAUAGUGUCACCAGCAAACGCGACAAAUUCAGGAGUGGUAAGAAAUUCUUCCUCAACUCCGGAUCCUCUGCGCGGCGUACCUAGGUCAGUGCCACAGUCGUCAAGCAGUUUCAUGCCGUCGAUGUAUCAACCGGCGAUGUCCAGUCUUACCAGUAAUCAAGUAGGUAGUAUACAUAAUCUUCAUUCACACGGGCCUUCACCCACGAGCCAUGGGCCGCCGGGUAAACCAAGCUGAAGUUAAACGAGGCCACGAAUAGGCCCGAAGCCGAACACAUCCCAUCGGAAGAUCAUCGCAUCUCAUCACACAAAAACAAAGUUAUCACAAAAAAACAAAAUAACCUCGUGAGUCUUGAUGUUCUUAGAAUAAAAAUAAAUCCUGCAAUCUUGAAUACGCAGUCUUGUAUGAAGCCUGGGCUUACGAGGUUAUCCGACAACCAUCUCGACUCACGGAACACUGAACGUUGAUGUCGUUCCCUCAUUUUCUUUUACCAUGCUUCAUACUUCGUCAUCAUACAAAUUUUGACUCAACACACAAUCUCUCGUAAAUCUCUCGGGUUGCUAACGAUUUGCGCUGAAUGUACGUUUUUUUGUUUCUAUUUUAAUAAUUCACUACUGAGCUCAUAUUGCAAGAAAAAACCGUAAAAAUGCGAAUCGUUUAGUAUUCUUUUAUCUUUUGGCAUUCAUUCGGUCACGUUAAGUACUGCUAUAAAGAUGAGUGUUGUUUUCUGGAGUCACCUUUUCUGUUGAUAAAAAAAAUUGAAUAAUUUUAUUUGUAAAAUUUAACCACUGCCGAUGAUUAUUUUCGGGAUUUAAUGCGAUUAUUUGCGACCGUUGCGAUGUCUCGUACAACAGUCAAAGUAAUUAGUGAUCAAACUUCUAUUGCUUCACGCACUGAAAUGAUUUCUCAUUGAAUUAUCUUUAUACUAAAUGAAUAGUGCGAAUUUGACCGCUGUCUAGAUAAUUGAGUCGCUUAAGUUAAUUGGCAGCUUUGUUUAGACAUGAAAAGAGUGCGGUCAGUUUAGUGUAACGUAUUGAUUUCAAGAAAAAUCGAUAUUCUUGUGAAUAUAAAUUUUCUUGUAGUUUUUCGAAUAAAGUUUUGAUGAUUCUAGAAAACUAUUAAUAAUUGGCGGGAAAGAGUUUAGGCGACUCGAGACUUCGUUAUACAAAGGCUGAAUCAAUUGUAUGAUAAUUUAGAGAAAUAAGAUGUUUAAAAUUUUUUUUCCAACUAUUACGAGAGUUUGUUUUGAAAUUAAAUGUACUCGAUUGAACCUUUUGUCAAAGAUUGACGUUAAAAAUUUGUUUUUCCACGAUUUUGCGCAACCCGAAUGACGAACGAAAAACGAGGAAUAGCUAAUGAACGAACUUUCAACUUUUUAGUAUAUUUCGGCUAAUGAUACGAGACAAUCUGAGCGUUCUAUUAACGCAACAGCAGAACAAACUCACGAAAAUGUACAAACAAUGAAAAAAAAAAGAAGAAGAGAUAGAACAGAACAUGAUGGGAAAAAUAAAACUUAGCCAGUAAGCCGACCUAUCGCGACAAAUAGCAAUAAUAUUAUAGGUGUACAUUUUACAAUUCAUACGAUUAACGUCUGUUCGUUGAUUAUGGUGCAUCAGAUAUUUGCUCUUUUCUUCAAACGAACCAUGUGGUCAAAAAAAAAUAUCGUUUGUUUAUAUUAGACGGUCAAUUUAGUAAUUGUAGAGUGAUUACGUUUCUUUAUACAUAAUUAACAAAAAAAAAAUUAAUUUGUGUACAAUUUUCACAUUAUGAGUGCGUAUGGAAACUAUAGUUGAAGAUAACGAUACGACUGAAAAAUUACGAAUACAAUGUCUGAUAAAGGUUAUUUCGUGAAUUUCUCAUAUUAUUUGAAAAAUUUCAAAAACUCGCUUUGUUUUUGUGUAAUAUUGGAAUAUCACGUUGCUACAAGAAUACAACCAAUCGACUAUUCGUCAUGUUGAUCCGCGGAAAAUUUUUUCGUAACGAGCAAAAAGGUGUUUGUGAGCCCACAGGAAGUUGCUUUUUGAAUAUCCGCCAUUGAUGAAUGAUAUUCCAUACGUUAAAUUUCGUAUAAAUGAAAACACUAAAUCCCGAAAACGAGCAAACCUUGGUAUAAAUUUUGAGAUGACGUCUCAUUUCGUUCCUAAUCCAAAAAAAAUAUACGAUAUAUACGUUGAGAAAUAUGUUUCUUUUUGUUACGAUUUUUUCAUGCAAUGAAACUUACAAUUAGCAAGAUUUUAAUAUUUAUUUGUAAAUAUUUCGGAUGCGGAUAAGAGUUUUGUUCUGACGCAUCAAUUUCGACUUGGCACAGUUACAAAUGUACAGUUAUAAGCAAUGGCCGAACAAGAAAAAAAAAACCUAUUUCAUAGUUGGCUUUGAUAACAUUGUACAUUUAAUUGUAAUUACGAACACUGCCUUCCACGAAUGAGAGCUGUGAAGUAGGUUUCAGAUUAAUACACGAUCUUGACCGCUGUAACUAUAAUUCGAUUAGACACCGCAAACUUUCGAGCGAACGAUCUUACGUUCGAUCAUUUUUUCAGCUCAUCGUCAUAAUGUUGUUUUUAUUUCUUAUUUUCGUUCGUUAUUGUCAUAAUGUUUUAUUAUGCGUUGAUUCGAACUCGUUUCUGCCCAUCGACUGUUCUAUUUUAAUUUGUAUUUCGUAAAAAGAACCACAGACAAAAAUAUGAAUAUUUUUUUGGAUCUUAAUUGCUUCUUUCGUAGCAUUUUGUACAAAAAUAGACAUUUUAUUUUGUCUUCAGUUAUUUUAGUAUUUCUGAAUUCUGAAAACAAAAUUCUAACUCUACAUUUAACUCUGAGUUUUUUUAUUCCGUUCGUACAGAAUGCUCUCGUAAUUCAAACGAUCAAUUAUCGCCGCGUGAUACGAUUUUUUUUUCUUUUUUUCCAAAUAUUUGUAAGCCUUCGACGUUAAGACGGCAUUGAAGUUGUGCCAGCGUCCGAAAAAUUCAGAGAAAUACAGUUUUAUCACUUUAUAGUUUAUCAAUAUUUAUUAAUUUUCCUUAACGGAUGAAGUAUAAUUAGUGCAAGGAAACACAGAAUUUUACAAAAUUCGAGUGUUUGCGAUUGAACUUUAAAAUGUGCACAUCGUUUUUCAAACUUACGAACUUCGAUGAUUCGUGUCCCUCCAACCUUUCAUUAUUAGCCGAUUUUUUGAACAUAAAAAAAGUUUUUGGAUAUUUUUUUUCGGCUAUUUUAUUUUUAGUCGGUUUUUUUCAUUUAUGGCAAAUUGUGUCACCAAAGAAAAUGGAAUUAGCGUGAUAUUGCAUUUUGAUAAAAAAAAAACAUACAUCGAUUCGUUUACAAUUAGUGUCAUUCAAAGUUGGAAUCCAAAGAGGAUGAUUGACAUCACGCAUACGUAAAAAAAAACAAUCAAACGGUCUAUUUCAAAUGAUUCAAUACGUGUUGACGUAUUUCAAUUAUAUAAAAAAACGAUAAAUUUUUGUUUUAAAAAGUCAUGAGAAAUGUUCAGAUUAAUCAUCGAGGAUGAUAAACAAGUCCAGUUUCAUACAGGACUGGGAGGGUCUAAUAUUCCAUUGCGAUUGAAUUUUGAACUCCAAAGAUACGAUGGAGGAAUGAUCCACAGUGGUAGUCUUUGUAUAUCGGUAGAACGUUCGUACGAAUAUCGUAAUAAAAAGUACAUUUUGUAACACCAAACUUACUGCAUAGUUGGUCACUCAGGGAAUUCGGUUUACUACUUGGUAAUGUCCUUGCGAUAGCAGAAAAUAGAGUUGUGAAAAAGCAAUUGUACAUGAUCGUUUGAUUGAAAUUUUUUUUCUUAAAAAACCAAUAUUUCAAAUUCACUACGAUCGUGAAUUUUAAUGAACUUUCAAUUUUCCACUUUCAUUGAAAAUAAAGAGCAAUAUCUUCUGUCGAAUGUUUUUUUUUCUUAGAUUUACAGUAAAUUUGAAAAACAAUGAAUUUAAUUAAAUUUAUCGCCGAGAGCGAUUUUCAGCAUUUACAAUUUGAUGCACGACUUUUGGUAUCAUCUGCUUUUUUCACUUGUCCCGAUAUCAAUAUCAUUUUUUUGUAGUUAAUGUAAAAGAUCGCAUUAUUAGAUUGGAUAACAAUGAAAUGACUAGAAAUGAAAAUUUUAGGAGAAUUGGAAAAGAUGAGAGCGGGUUGCUUCGUCGAAUCCAAAUGGGGCGUAUUCAAAUAUUCUGGAUAGUAUGGGAAUAAUACGAGAUACCGAAGAGAAAAAUAAAAGGAAAGAAAAAUGUUUACGUAAAUAAAGAUUAGAAGAGCGAAAAAUGGAUAUUUUUGCACUGCUGAAUCGUGCCAAAUUUUUUAAACGUCACUCAUUAAAAUGCAAAUGAGCUGAUGCCUGUACGCUAUCAUCGCGUCUAGUUCUGUAAGGAUUUUCUAUGGUACGUAAAAUGAUAAUAAUUACUCAAUGGCAAUCAUUGAAGCAAUGUGAAACAUUUGACAGAAAAAAACAAUCGUGUAGUUCUUCAUCUCGUAUUUAUGAUCCAUUGCUCUCGUCCCCACUCAUUCUCAAAUUAUUCUAACUGCUCGUGUGUAUGUCUAUUUAUGUAGAAGAAAAACUGAAAAUUCGUACACGUGUUCAUCGCCAUUUUAUAUAUCAUUAUACAUUUUGCGUUUCAUAGAAAUUUGAUACAUGUAUAUUGGACAUACAAAAAUUUUGGUAAAGGUCACUCAAGAUUGGAAAACAAAUAAAAAUGAAAACUAAACUUCAUCGUAGAUUUAUAUACGAAUUUACUAUCGAAGUUCUCGUUUUUUAUAAAGAUUACCAUUCCUUUUUCUCAAGUCGUGAUUGAAAAAUUUGUCAAUUUAUGAAAAAUCUGUAAACGGAGGUCGAUUUUGUACUCUCGAGUGACUAUUUUCUUCGGAUCUCAAGUGACAUGACUUUGAAGAUAAAAUAAAUCGACACUGGUAUAACGUUGCCCAAAUUCCUCCACCGAAAGUGCUCGUUUCAUAAACUAACACGAUAAAGAUUCAGACAUUGUAAAAUAGUGACCGAAACAACGUUCGGUCACCAGAUUUGAUGAUUUGAAAGUAUGUGUAACGAAAGAAAUUGAACUUUCGAUCGUAUCACUGUCGAAAUAAGUUUCGCUAGCUAGUUUAUUAUUUUAUAUAUGUAUAAAUAAAAACAAUAACGAAAUUAAUAAAAAACGAUCAUUUGUACUGUGCAGAAGAGUCGAUGGAGCGGUUCGAGAUUCGUUGGUGAGAUCGCAUCUUCGAGUAGAUCUUUUCUAUCUAAAGUCAUUUUUGUUCGAAAAAACACAAUACAGUAUAAAAUAAAACACUCAAAUGAACGAAUAAAUAAACACCUCUAAUAGCAAAUUUAAUUGAAAGUCAAAGGCAUUUGUAUCGAUGAACCGUACAAGUUCACUUGCGAGACGCGAUCCACUAGACGACACGACAUUUUGUAAUGUAAAUGUGCAUAAAUGAAAGCAUGAAAUAAAAAAAAAAGUACAGUCGAAAACGA